AUGGUCGCCCAAGAUGGCCACCCAAGAUGGUCGCCCAAGAUGGCCGCCCAAGAUGGCCGCCCAAGAUGGCCGCCCAAGAUGGUCGCCCAAAAUGACCACCCAAGAUGGCCGCCCAAGAUGGCCGCCCAAGAUGGCCGCCCAAGAUGGUCGCCCAAAAUGACCACCCAAAAUGACCACCCAAGAUGGUCGCCCAAGAUGGCCGCCCAAGAUGGCCGCCCAAGAUGGUCGCCCAAAAUGACCACCCAAGAUGGCCACCCAAGAUGGUCGCCCAAGAUGGUCGCCCAAGAUGGCCGCCCAAGAUGGCCGCCCAAGAUGGUCGCCCAAAAUGACCACCCAAGAUGGCCACCCAAGUUGGCCACCCAAGAUGGUCGCCCAAGAUGGCCGCCCAAGAUGGCCGCCCAAGAUGGUCGCCCAAAAUGA